GUGCAGAAUAACUCCAUGUCUCCUCACACAAAUCCUGUCACUGGCCCCUGUCAGACUGUCAACGCAGAACUCACCCCGGGCUGCAGACAGAUGUCUGUGAACACCAGGGUCAAGCUGGUGGUGACAGGAGAUGACUUUGGUUACUGCCCUCGCAGGGAUGUUGGCAUUGUGGAAUGUUUCAACACCGGCGCCAUUACGAACGUCUCUCUUCUGGUGAAUGGCAGCUCUGCAGCGUGUGCGGCAGACCUAGCACGCAGGUCUAAUAUUCCUAUAGGUUUGCAUGCUAAUCUCUCAGAGGGCAUACCAGUAUGUCGAGAGCUUCGUCAGAACUCCACUCUUGUCAAUUCUCGAGGAGUCUUUCUUGGAAAGAUGGGCAUACGAAAAGCACUGGCACAAGGGCUCCUUAUCAUGUCAGAGGUUCGUCAAGAAUUGAAUGCCCAGGUCAAGCUGUUUCGUGAGUUGACCGGAGAGAACCCCCAGCAUAUGGAUGGACAUCAGCAUGUUCAUGUUUUACCAAAAAUCCGAGACGAAUUUGCGCAGGUGCUGAAGGAACAUGGUAUUCGUUACACGCGUAUUCCAGUGGAGGUAGGACUGCACAGAUGUAACUGGAUCAAGGAGGAACUAAUGGAAUUUUAUCGAAGCGUGGAGGAGGAUGCGUUAAAUAGUGUGGAAAUCUUCAGAAGCCAAGGGAUUCGGUGGCCUGAUGUAUACAUUGGUCUGAGUACCAUGGGGGAGAACAUGACCGUAAAGAAUAUUCAGCGAGCCCUCGAUUACAGCACUGAGUCUUUUCACAGCUGCCGAACACAACAGAGCUCCCUGUACAGUCCGACGUCUGGCUCCAGUACCAGUAUUGAACUAAUGACCCACCCUGGCUACCCCAGUAUAUUAUCUGAAGGGGGCUGUGGGGAGGGCCCUGAUGACUUUUCCCAGUCUUGGGAAAGAUUACAUGAAAUGAAAAUUCUUAAAGACCCAUUAUUGCAUAGUUCCUACAGUGAAAGAGGUAUACAACUGUGUGCCUUUAGAGACUUAUGAUAGAGGAUUUAUGAUGUGCAUUCUGUUGAACAGCAAAUGGUAACAUACUAGCAUACAAAAAAAUUGGGAAAGGGAAGAAAUGUUUGUUUUUGUGAAACAUUUAAAGGGGUAUUCCAGCUUAAACACCCUGCUUAUAUAGGGCCAGGACAGAUAUGUACCUAAAGU